GAAGAAGAAAUAGAAGAAUAUGAAGAAGAGAUAGAGGAAGAUGAAAAAGAAAUAGAGGGAGAUGAAAAAGAAAAAAUAAAGGAAGAUGAAGAAGAAAUAGAAGAAUAUGAAGAAGAAAUAGAAGAAGAUGAAAAAGAAAAAAUAGAGAAAGAUGAAGAAGAAAUAGAAGAAUAUGAAGAAGAAAUAGAAGAAGAUGAAAAAGAAAAAAUAGAGGGAGAUGAAGAAGAAAUAGAAGAAUAUGAAGAAGAAAUAGAGGGAGAUGAAGAAGAAAUAGAGGGAGAUGAAAAAGAAAUAGAAGAAUAUGAAGAAGAAAUAGAGGGAGAUGAAGAAGAAAUAGAAGAAUAUGAAGAAGAAAUAAAAGAAGAUGAAAAAGAAGAAAUAGAGGAAGAUGAAGAAGAAAUAGAAGAAUAUGAAGAAGAAAUAGAAGAAUAUGAAGAAGAAAUAGAGGGAGAUGAAGAAGAAAUAGAAGAAUAUGAAGAAGAAAUAAAAGAAUAUGAAGAAGAAAUAAAAGAAGAUGAGAAAGAAAAAAUAGAGGAAGAUGAAGAAGAAAUAGAAGAUGAAGAAGAAGAAAUAAAGGGAGGUGAAGAAUUAAUAGAAGAAGAUGAAAAAAAAGAAAUAGAUGGAGAUGAAGACGAAGAAAUAGAAGGAUAUGAAGAAAAAAUGGGGGGAGUAGAAGAAAUAAAAGAAGAAAAAGGAAUAGAAGAGGAAGAAGAAGUAGGUGGAACAGACGAAAAAAUAAAAGAAGAAAAAGGAAUAGAAGAGGAAGAAGAAGUAGGGGGAAUAGAAGAAGAAAUAGAAGAGGAAGAAAAAGUAUGGGGAAUAGAAGAACUAGAAGAAUAUGAAGAAGAAAUAGAGGAAGAUGAUGGAGGAGUAGAAAAACUAGAAGAAGAAAAAAAAGAGGAAAUAAAAGACGAAGGGAUAGAAGGGAAAAAAAUAAAAAAUAUAGAAAAAAAGGAAGAAAAAGAGGUUAAAGGAGAAGAAAAGGAUGAAUGUAAAAGUGAAAAAGGAAAAAAGGAAGGAAUAAAUAAGGAAGAAGCUAGAGAAAAUGAAAAGGGACAAAAAAUUAAAGAAGAAAAACAUAGUAAUUUACACAAAUACAUGUUAAUUAAAAGUUUGAGUAAUAAACCAAGAAGUAGUAGUAAAAAAGUUGAAACUUUCGAAACAGAAAGUAUUAUUUUAUUAAACACUUUAAGUAAAGUAAAAAUGAAAGAUGAAAAUGAAAAAGAUUUAGAGGAAAAGUUCAUAUCUUUGGGUGAAACUAUAAGAAAAAAAAAUUUAGGAUAUUUAAUACUAAUAAAUGAAAUAAUGGUAUACUUACUAGAAAAUGAAAAUUUUUAUAAUAGUAUUAAAAUUUUCUUAAAGCAGUACUCUUCCUUUAACAAAGAUGACACAAAUUAUAAUUUACUUGAAUGUAAAAAGACGGAAAAUACCAAUGAAGAUACUAUAAAAGUUUUUAAAAAUAAAAUAAAUGAAGAAAAUUUUAAGAGUGAAAAGGAUGAAAAAGAUAAGAAUAGUAUAAGUAAUGGCAACAAUCAAGAAAUUAUGAGUGAUGAAGAUGAUAAAGAAAGUAAAAGUGAUGAAGACAAUACAGAAAAUAAAAGUGAUGAAAGUGACAAAGAAAGUAAAAGUGAUGAAAAUGACAAAGAAAGUAAAAGUGAUGAAAAUGACAAAGAAAGUAAAAGUGAUGAAAAUGACAAAGAAAGUAAAAGUGAUGAAGAUGAUAAAGAAAGUAAAAGUGAUGAAGAUGAUAAAGAAAGUAAAAGUAAUGAUGAUAUAGAAAGUAAGAGCGAUGAAGAUGAUACAGAAAGUAAAAGUAAUGAUGAUACAGAAAGUAAAAGUGAUGAAGAUGAUAAAGAAAAUAAAAGCGAUGAUGAUGUAGAAAGUGAGAGUGGUGAAGAUGAUAAAGAAAGUAAAAGCGAUGAAGAUGAUACAGAAAGUAAAAGUGAUGAAGAUGAUAAAGAAAAUAAAAGCGAUGAUGAUGUAGAAAGUGAGAGUGGUGAAUAUGAUAAAGAAAGUAAAAGCGAUGAUGAUGUAGAAAGUGAGAGUGGUGAAGAUGAUAAAGAAAGUAAAAGUGAUGAUGAUGUAGAAAGUGAGAGUGGUGAAGAUGAUAAAGAAAGUAAAAGCGAUGAUGAUGUAGAAAGUGAGAGUGGUGAAGAUGAUAAAGAAAGUAAAAGCGAUGAUGAUAUAGAAAGUGAGAGUGGUGAAGAUGAUAAAGAAAGUAAAAGUAAAAAUAAAAACGAGAGCUAA